UCUCGACCUCGAAAGUGAAGUCGGAGUUUGCAUAGUUGGAGCACGGCACAGCAGCAGCAAUGGAAGGCGACAAGGCGUGGAGGAUCUUGAGGGCGAUGGUGUUGUUGCUGGUAACCGCAUCGCAUCCCCACAGCGCGCGUGCCUUCGAAUCCGAUGAGCUUGUGUUGGAGCAGGAAGACGAUCUUGGGGCGAUCGGAGGAGGGAUCGAUCCGCUGUCUCCGCCCCGAUCCCGGAAGAGGUAUCCGGACAAUCACGCUGCCGAUUCCGACUCGAAGAUCCAGUUCCCCCUCGAGCACGCCUUCGGUGACUCCGAUUUCUCUCCCGCCGGCACUUUCUCCGCUCGCCUCAAGACCUGGUCCCACGGUCCCCAGACCCUCACCAAGCUGCGGUUCUCGAGGAAUGCUCUCACUGAAGUCGACAAGGAAAAGUUCCAGAAAUUGCUGCAAGAAGAUGACUUUUAUAGGAUAAGGCUGCCAUCCAAUGUCCUGAGUCCUCCUGGGAGGGACUACAUCGUUUCUUCCAUCAAAGCGAGAUGUCUUCCACGCGAUGGUCUGGAUGAGCAUUUUGUGAUACACAUGGAUGGUGUUAACAUCUUGGCUGUUAACUAUGGUUCUCCUGGGGCAUGCCCUUAUCCUCGCCAACUGAAACUACCAGCAAAGUGGUCGUUUAAUUCGCACACUGUUUUGAAGAACAGUGAGCAGGCACCAAGGACUCCAGUAUUCACGGAAGAGGUAUCCAUUGGAGAGAACGGAGAGGUUGAAGUUGUGAAGCCACCGGAAAGAUCAUUUUGGGCCAAAUAUUGGAUGUACGCGAUCCCUCUUGGACUCAUAGUCAUGAACGCCGUAACACAGGCAAUGAAUAUGCCUCCUGAGGAGCAGGCGGGUGGCCAGUCGGCAUCCCAACCACAACAGGGUGCAUCCACAGCUCAGCGUGGUCCGACAGCUGUGAGAAGAAGAUGAAAGAUGGAUUCACGGGAAUUUAGAUUCUGUUCUCGCAUAGGUCUUGUUGCAGAGUUGGGGGAUGCGAAGAGUGGCUCGACAACUCUAUCACGUGUCAUAAAAGAACACGGCAUCGAGCCAGUUGCUGAGCGAAAGUAAAAAGCCUCGUGCAUUGACAGGAGGCUUCGCUUAGAUGCAUCAUUCAUAUCUCAGUGGCAUGGUGGACAUGGGACUUGUGGUGAAUGGUUGAACCCUGUACCUGUUUUCUGUACCUGCCUCGGCAAAUCAAGUGAUAGCUACUUGGUAACCCAUUUGCUUUACCCGAAUAAGAUCGCAUCGAAUCAUUUGUUUGGGAAA